CCCCAGUUUUAGUUGUUUAAUUCCACAAGGUAGCGCACCGUGCAAUCAGCCGCUAUGGCGUCUAAAUCUGAUGUCGUGACUAGUGUAGGCAUGUCGGAUAACGAAUACACUGAAUAUAUUCUGAAGAAGACGCAAGCUGUUAAAGAAUUGUAUCAAAAUAAUCCGUCAGGAAAAAGAAAAUCUGGUAAAUUCUGGAAGAAUACUCGUUCUAGGUUUUCAUCUUUAAAAAAAGAUAAAUGUAUGAGUUCAACAUGGGCUGAGAAAACUAAAAAAAGACUGGAAAUGAAGGCUGUAAAGGAUUUUGAGAAAGAACUUAAAGAACGAAAGGCAGCAGAACUUAAGAAUAAUAAAAUUAUAGCAAAACAGAAGAGACUGAGAAAACUUGAAAAUGAAAGAAAAGCAGAAGUUGUUCAACCAAUAAAGAAUUUGAAGAAACUUAAGAAUAUGAAAAAGAAACUUUUACGCAAAAGUAAUAUUCAAAUAAGAUGAUUUGCUACACACCUCUGAUAUUGUAUUAUGUCUUUUGUAUAAAUAAAUGUAUAAAAAUACUUUUACUAUUAAGUA